UGCUGAAUGUGGCUUAUCUUACACAGCUUAUCUUAGUUCAUAACAUUUUUAAAGUUUAAAUAAUAUUUUUGUAUGUAACAUUCUAUGACAAAAAAAUUAUCUUCAAAUAAAAAAUUUAAUUUGUGUAAAAUUUAAUAAGGUUACAAUAUCGAUUAAAUUAGCUGCUAUUGACAACACUGUUUUGUUUCUAUUUCCGUGGGUUUCGAUAUUGAAAACCACGAAGCAGAAAAGUGGGUGGUCAGUUUUUGCUACAUCCUCGAAAACAAACCUGAACUGGAAAAUAUUAAGGAACUUGAAUGAAAAGUUCUCCAUCUCUAUCGGAACUCAAACAUGGAGUUUUACUUGCAGGAAUGCAAGCAUAAUUUGAAAAAUGCAAAUGAGUCCAUACGAGUCAAUGUUGUUCUUGGAAAUGAAGCUUGUGACCUGGAUUCUGCAGUUUCAGCUAUUGUUUUUGCAUAUUUCUUAAGCAAAAUACAAAAUUCUUCUGAUGUUAUUGUUCCUGUUUUGAACGUUAAACGGAAAGAUGUGCAUCUAAGGACUGAAGUCGUCUUCUUUUUGGAGGAAACUAGCAUUCCUAUUUCUGAUCUUAUUUUUAUUGAUGAAAUUGAUUUAAAGGUCUUGUCCAAAAAUGAGAAACUAAAUCUUGUUUUAGUAGAUCACAAUUCUCUGUCAGUGGAGCAAUCAUACUUGGAACCUUGUAUAAUUCAAAUUGUCGAUCAUCAUGCAGUUGAGGUGCCUGAAAAAUUGAAUAGGUUUAAAACAAAAAUUGAACCAGUGGGCUCUUGCUGUACCCUUGUUGCUGAAGAAAUUUUAAAUUCCAAAAAAUCUAUCAUUGACCCUCAAAUUGCCAUGCUUCUGUUUGGAACGAUUUUACUGGACACUGUUUGUUUAAAAGAGAGUGCAAAAAGAGCUACAGAAAAAGACAGAAUGGUGGUUUUGCAGUUGGAAGAAUAUCUUGAAGGUAUAUCCAGAGAGGAGAUAUUUGAAACAUUGCAGAAAGUUAAAUUUGAUGUUUCAAAUUUAACACCAGAACAGCUGCUACGAAGAGAUACAAAAUAUGUGCAACAGAAUUCUCUCUCAGUUGCUAUUGCCUCUCUUCCUAUGUUACUACAGGAUAUCCUCAAACAAGAGUCCUUUCUAUCUGCUCUCAAUAAAAUGGUAUCAGAGGAGAAUCUGAUGUGCAUAAUAAUGCAUGGAUCUGAAAUUGUUAAGGAUAAAGCAACAAUAAAGCGACAAAUAGCAAUUUACAAUAAUAAUGCAGAAUCUUUAGAAAAGAUGUCGAAUUACCUGCUAAGUUUAAACAAUCCAAGUUUAAGCCUGCAUCCUCUGCCCUUAUUUGAGAAACCUGUGAAUCUUUUUGAACAAGAAAAUAUUGCUCUGACUCGUAAAUUUGUCUUACCUGCCAUUCAGACUUAUUUAAAAUCUGUUCAUUCAGGUCCCCCAGAAAAAAAUGAAUCUCUUGUGCUGCAAGAAAACUGUGUUAAAGGGUUGGAUGAAAUAGAAAAAACUAUUCCAACAUAUCUAGCAGAAACUCUUGAUUUUCCUGAUAGUCCAAGUCAUCAUCAGCUUUCUGGAAUUACAGUUCAGUUACAAAAACUUAAUUCAGAUGGAAAUGAAGAAAAUGAUCUUCUAGAUGCAGAUGAUUUUGAAUGCCGUAAAGAUAUAUGUGUAGAAGGUGGUGGUACUCUAAAACGAAUUUCUGUCAGCCCUAUGAUUUUAAAGUCAGAAGAUGUAGAUAUAGAAGAUGACCAAAGGAGCCUAUCAUCUCUGAGUAAUAAAAGUGAUCUGGAUGUGUUUUCACCAACAGAUGAUAUUAUCAUGCCAGAUGAUGUUGAUACACUUGAGGAACUAGAAAAUUCAGAUUAUUUCCAUUCAUCAGUAAGUGAUCCAAUCCCUGAAAUGUCAGCAGCUGAAGAGUUUGAAGAGGAACGCAGUUGGAAGUCAUGUAUAGUGAAUGGAGAAGAAAGAAAAAUAGAUAUGAAGGUUAUUGAGCCAUAUCGUAAAGUUCUUUCCCAUGGGGGUUAUGUAGGAACUGCCCACAAUGCAAUCAUCGUAUUUUCAGCAUGCUACUUACCUGACCAUUGUCGAAAAGACUAUGACUAUGUGAUGGAUAAUUUAUUUCUGUAUGUAAUAAAUACUCUUGAUGAAUUAGUGGCUGAAGAUUAUGUUUUAGUUUAUUUUCAUGGGGCGACUGAUCGAAGUAAUAUGCCAAGCUUUAGUUGGUUAAAACGUUGUUAUCAAAUGAUUGACAGAAGAUUACGAAAGAACUUGAAAGGUCUGUAUCUAGUUCAUCCUACAUUUUGGUUGAAGACAAUUGUCAUCAUGACGAGGCCUUUUAUUAGCUCAAAAUUUAGUCGAAAAUUGAAGUUUGUCUACAGCUUGAAAGAGCUUUCUCUUCUCAUACCUCUAGAUCAGGUAUCAAUUCCUGAUAAAGUAAAACAAUUUGAUGUGGACCUAUUUCCGGAUUCGUAAAACAGCUGCAGAAAGCCAUGUUUUGAAUUUCAACGCAUUGUAAAAGAAUAUGUCAAGCAAAUGAAAUCCAAGGAUUACAACCAGAGUCCACUGUACAUAUCUUUUAUUGAAUCACUGAAUCUGUCCUAAGUAUAAACACACUAAAAUAGAAGAGCUUAAUUUAGUAGUUAUUAAUUUAAAAUUGUAAUUUCCAAUAUCAGUGCAUAUAAUUAAAUCUAUAUUCAUUCAUUAAAAUACUGUCUUAAAUGUGGUAUAUCCCCAAAUAUUACUAGGUUUUUGACAAAAGAAUAUUUGGCCAUGUUUUAUCUGAAUAUGAUUUGGAAUUCGAUUGUCACAUUUCAUAAAUAAAGAUUAUUAUCUAUUCAUGUAAAUUUAAAAUAUAAACUGAAUAGGAAAAACUAUCGUAAAGAUUGUAAUUGCUUCAUCUGUGGAUGUAUGUAAAUGAGUAUCAUACAGUGUAAGUUACUGUAAUGGCACUGCAUCAUUUAAAAUUCAAGAUGUGCCCAAAUCUCUUAUACAUGUGCAAAUUAAGUUGGAAGUAUAGUUUACUGACAUUAAACACGUCAGUUUCAAUAACAUUAAAAAAUAACAUUUAUCUUACCAUUAAAGGAAUUAAGUACCUAUCUAUUUAUAUGCACUGUUAUUGUUUAAAUUCUUUAAAAAAAAUUCUGUAAAAAAAUCUUUAAAAUCUUGCAAAAUUAAACUUUUAAAUGGUUUUAAUGUCUAUUUGUAAGUUUACCGUAUAUCACAUAUAAAAUGCACUUAUUAUAUUCCCACCUGUCUUUUUACAUUUGUAUACAUACACAUUUUGAUUGUAAAUACAGUAAAGCAUAUCUUAUUCAAUUAUUUUUCCUGUUUAUUAUUGUUCAUAUGUUUAAAAAAUUUAAGUUAUUUCCUUAAUUAUUAUAUUUGUGUUUAAAGAGAGAAUGUAAAUAAAGCAUAAGGAAAUAUUGUUAAAGUGAGUAUAAAAUGUGUCUUAGAAUAAAGACUGAAAACUCAUUAGUAUUUACCUCAUCAUGGUAGAACUAUUUGCUAUAUUUGUAUAUUGCAGAGACUAAUAAAAAUACUGAUUUAUGUAGUUGAGGACUUGUACAUCACAUGUAUUUCAUGUUCACUGUAGUUGCCAUACUGUAGUAUGAAUUGAUAGGUUAUUAAGUGUUAUUUAUUUAUGAACAGUUUUUUAAUAACAUUUUGUUCACAUUUAUUGAAUGUUCAGGAAUUAAUGUACUUUUGUAAUUAUAUUAAAAAACUAUACAUUGUGCUUUUUUUUUUUUUUUUUUUUUUUUUUUUUUGUUUAAAAAAAUUAUAGUGCAUGUGUGCAGAUGAAUAGCAAUUUUUUUUUAUCAGAGAAGAGUGGUGUGCCAAAUUAUUCUUUAUUAGAAUACUAUUCACAUAAUAUAUAUACUAUUUAAACUUCCCAUAAUCUGCAGCACUAAUAUAAUUCUCUAAAGCGUUGGGUGCCUUUUUUUCUUCUUUUUUCUCUUGAAGGAAUUUUAAAUAUAAAAAUUCAAAUUCCUAAAAUAUGGAAGAAUAAUUUUUGUUGUUCAUGUGAUCUGCUUUAGAAAUAUUUGAAUUUUUAUACUUAAUACUCGAAAUUCUAUGUAUCCUCUUCUUUUGGAUAAUCAUUCUAGGAAAGAAUAUGUUAUAGAAUUUUAAUAAUUAAUUUCUAACAGAUAUAUAGAUAAUAUUUUGGGGGAAAGAGAAAUAUAAUUAGUUUCAGAGAAUUUACUCAGUAAAAAAACGAUUAUCAUAUAGUUAAAAUAUUCUGAAUUCUUUUGGAAUCAUGAAUUAGCUUAUUUUUAUAGCUAUGCAUUAAUGACACUUUUAUGUAUUAAAAAAUUUCUUCUAUAGGAAAUAUUUUUCUUUCUUCUGAAAUAAUGUGUUUAAUUUGUGCAUUUAUUAACAUUUUAAAUAACAUCAACAAUAGAGAAUAACGUAAUACACCAUCGAAAUAAGAAACAUUAAAGUAUGGUAAGUCGAAAUAUCAAAGUUAGGAAAGUAAAUUUCAAAUAAACAUUAUUAUUUUUUUUAUUCUGCGGAUUAACAGAAAUGGUAUUAAAAUAUUCUUGCAUAGUUAACAAUGAUGCCCAUGAUUGAAUUAUAUAGGCAGUAUAAAUAACCUUAAAAUGGCAAAAUACUGUUGUCACUGUUAUAAUGCCAUCCGUAGAUUAAAAAACUACACAAUAUUUACCCAGCACAGUGCUGAAUAAAUGUGUGCUAUACGACAAGAUGCUGCAUUCUUGUUCAUUGCUGUAAUAUCAUUGCUAGAAUCAAGAAAACAGCAUAGUAUAUACACAUAACACACUUUGCUGAAUAAUUAUGUUCUCUCUCUCAGUGUAUAUGCGUGAAUUCUUUUUUAAAUAUGUGCUUAAAAAUCUGUUAGUUAUAUUAAAACUUCUUAUUUGUUGUAGUUUUCGUUAACACUACUCUUCUAGUAGUGUUCUACUAGAAGAAUUAGAAUUCUGCACUUUUUUUUUUUCACGCACUGUGCAGUAGUAGAAUUUUUAAUAACAUUCUGAAAAUUUUAACAUUUAAUUAUAUGUGAAACUUUGCAAGAAAAUGUUUAUUGUAUUUAUUUUGAAUAUAUUUCUUGUGUUUAAGCAUUCCAUGUUUAGUAUGGAUUUUAUUCUUAACGAGCAAUUAUUUUUAUCAUUAAUUUUAAUAGUAUCAGUUUUUAUUCCAUUUGUUAUUCAGAUGUAUGUAUUUUUGAAUAAAUUGCUGUCAAAGUACUUUUAAGAGCCAAUUUUACAUCAGUCAUUCCUGUGCAGUUUCAUGUGGAAAUGUUUAUAUUUUUCAUUAAAAAGUAUUCCCUCCGAACACUGUUUGUGAUACCUGAAUGCAUUUUCUUUGCUGAUCUCAUUUCUGAUUUUCUUUGCAGUCUGCUUAUUUGAUGCAUAUUAAUGAAUUCACUAAUACUUGAAACAUUUUGCAAACCAGGAACUCCUCAUAAACAGAAAUUUUAUGUAAUAAUGCAGGAGGAAAGCAUUUCUAAUUUCUGUUCUUCUUUUUUUUUUUUUUUUUUUUUUAUUAUUAAGCAAUUGUCUUAUAUUUUGUUAAGUAAAAUUUUAUAUAUGAAAGAAUUAUUAAAUUCAAGAUGAUUUAUAAAAAUCACCUAAAUUAUCAUUUAAUUACUUUAUAAGCAAACACAUAAUUGUCUAAUGCAAUAGUGGUAUCCACCAAUAAUUAAAGUAUUCAUUGCAUUUAGUUUAAAGCUUUUUGUGCUGAUCUUUUAAAAAUAAAUAUUUUAUUUUAUCAAAUAUUUAUUAAGACUGUAUUUUUUUACUAUAUGUGAUCUAAUAAGGUUUUAAUUCAGGUAAAAAUGUCUUCAUUUUUGUUAAAUUUGUGUUCAUUUUUCCGUGAAAUGCUGCAGUUAUUUACAGACUAGAGAAGAAAUGCCAUUGUAAAAUAAUAUUCAGUGUUCAUGAACUACAAUAUGUGUUCUUCAUAAAGUAUGUAAAAAUGCCAAAUAUUUUUCCACAAAUGCUUGUUCCAUCCUUUACUGACUGUUUUCCUGUUUGUACUAUUGAAUAAUUUUAUCUCUGUGAUCACUUCGUCCAGCUGUAUGCUCCAAUUUUUAACUAUUUAUUCUAUACUUUUUUGAAUGUUUAUAAAUUUAUAUUUCAAGAAGAUUAAAAAAACUGCUUGUUAAGUUUAACAAACUUGAUUGUAUCUAUUAGGUAUGGUAUUUGUUGGUGGUUCAUUAUUUAAAAACUUGAUGAAUGUUAUUAACAGCUUAUAGAUACAGGUAAUGUGAUCUAAGUUAUAAUUUUGGAGUGUAAAAAAUAAUAUACAUAUUAUUUUAGCUAAAUAAAAAGUUAUUUACGCAUUUUAACUACAAAAGUGUAAUUCCACAUAAACUAAGCUGUUAAUAUUUUCCUAGACAUAACAUUAAAAAUUAGUUUUGAUGUAUCACUGUUUAUGUAUAUUAACUGAAAUAUGAACAUCAAAUGUUAUGAAACUUUUAUAGAUUUUAUAUUAUGUGAAAUAACUGAAAUGAACUAAUAAAAAUCUUCAAUAAACAUUUAUUUAC